GUGUUCAAAUUUAGUAUAAUAACAUUUAAAUGACGAGUCAUUAUCUAACAUAAAAUGGAUUCCAUUCACCCAGAGCAAUGUGAUUUAUGUUUUACUUUGAGAUACGACACUUAUUGUAGUAAAUGUACACGACAUCUCUGUAACGCUUGCAAUCAUGGACAUGCGUGUAAAGACGAUGCUGGGUUAAUUGCAGACGCAGAAAAACAGGCGAACUCGUAUAAAGUUAAGAGCAGGAAAGAUCCCUGUAUUACCAAACACGUAUGUGAUGAGCAUAAGAGCGAGUACACUAGAUUUUGUGGAACAUGUGGAGCUGUCAUUUGCCAAGACUGCUGUUCUAAUAAACAUGCUGAUCACGACAUAGAAUCCAUUCCAACUGCUUGGACUAAAUGUGCAGCCAUAGUUAGGAGUUUAUUGACUAACCUUAAUCAUGACAUUGAAACCGCCGUAAAGCUUGUCAUCGAUUUACAUGAUAUUAUAUCUGAAACAGAAAACAAGAAACAAAUACAAGAUGUGAAAGAUUUGAUUAAGAAACUUGAAACCACGCUAAUUGAUGUUGUCCAGGAAAAACAGAGGGAAGAAAAGAAAAUUGUCACUGAAUAUAUCGCAGAUUUGGAAAACUGCAUCAAGGCAUGGGACAAAAAUCGGGACAGGUUGGGUCCAGUCGCUCAUGAGAUGAAUUCGGUUCCAUUUUUACUGGGGUUCAGUGAUUAUGUUCAUGAUCAUGAAAACAUGAAUUUUCCUGAAGCUAUUGAGACAAACUUUCUCCCUCAUGAUAGGAUAUUACAUUAUGAAGAUUUUGUUGAAAAAGAUAUCGCAGGUUUACUGGAAUUCCUAAGCUCUGUUACUGGAGUAUAUGCGGUGUCAGGUGUUGCUAGUCGUGAACCAUCACCAGGAACAGUAAGUGCUUCCGUGAAUGUUUCAACAUCCGGAACAACUAGAAUCCAUAAGCUAUUUACCAAGCAUCCACAACGAGAAGAACCACGUACCAGUAAGAAGUAUGUCAGAAGAUUACAAGACGAGAUUGAAGAAAAGAAACGAGAAAUUCAACGACUUCAGUACAAUUUGACGGAGAUGUUAGAAACAAUGGAUGUUUUGCAUGAAUAUUCCAAAAAUACUUUAGCAUCUAGCAGUAUUGUUGCUGAACAGAAGAUAUUUGCCAAGACGGACAAAUUUCAUCAAACUAUUGGGGAAAUUGCUAAUGUCAUCAAAUCCCUUAAGCAAAAAAACAUUAUUGCUAUAGUAGAACAGAAGAGUUUGAUGUUCCAGUUUGAACAGGCGAUGGAAGAAAAGGAAAGUAUUCGACAAAGAUUCAUUGAGAUGGCUGGACGAACGUUAAGCUCUAUUGGCAGUGCUCGUUCACGUGAUGUAGAAUAUGAUGAACAAGUUAUGCCAAAACAGAUCAUAGAAAUGUUUGGUAAACUAUACGAAGAAGAAUGGAGGCAAACCUUGGAUCAGUUGUCAAUAACUGGGAGAUGGCAGGCACAUAUUGUUAUAAAACACUUAUUUUUAGUUAACCAGAAUUGCUUUAAGACCUGUCAAAAAAUAUCGGACAAUCAAACAAAAGAUCUGAUGUCUGCUUUGUUUGUUGAUGUAGAAAACUCACAGCGGCAUAAAGCAGAAAUGAAACAAGUCAAGGAAUUUAGGAAGUCCACGUCAACUAUGUGCGCUGUCAAUUUGCAAAAGAUAAUAGUUGAUAAACCAGAGUUUCAAGCAAAUCUUCUAAAAUGGACCAGAAAGAUCAUGAUCUCCUUUCAGAGAUUUGAAAAACUGUGGACAAUAAUACUCAAAUAUGUCUACUUGUCUUGA